UACUGCUCCGCUUCUAACCUGGCAGACAGCAUAGGAGAGCAAGCGUGCGAGGGAGAGGGAGAGAGAGACAGAGGCAGAGAGAGAGAUUUCUCCCCGUGCACCGGGUCCACAUUUGCACGAUGGCAUCAGAUCCAGGGCUCUUGCCCCUCUUAGUGUGGACUAUAUCAAUGCAGGUUCUGGGGUCCAGAGGAACUGCUAGUAACGAAGUGAAUAUCCUGGACACAACGAAAAUAUCAGGAGACUGGGGCUGGCUCACAUAUCCUUCACAUGGGUGGGACGCAAUCAACGAAAUGGAUGAGUAUUUCACUCCCAUCCAUACGUACCAGGUGUGCAAUGUCAUGAGCCUGAGCCAAAACAACUGGCUCCGAACCAACUGGAUCCAGCGAGACGGCGCCCGCCGUAUCUACAUCGAGAUUAAAUUCACGCUGCGUGACUGCAACAGCAUGCCAGGCGUACUCGGCACCUGCAAGGAGACCUUUAACCUCUACUACUACGAGACUGACCGUGAUAUUGGCACGAGCAUCUGGGAGAGUCAGUUUUCCAAAAUUGACACCAUCGCGGCUGACGAAAGUUUCACAAACGUGGACCUAGGUGUGCGAAGACUCAAACUUAACACUGAAAUUCGUGGCGUGGGGCCACUUAGCAAACGAGGCUUCUACUUGGCUUUCCAGGAUAUCGGAGCUUGCAUCGCUAUAGUGUCGGUGCGAGUUUACUUUAAACGUUGCACGGGCAUGGCACGGAAUCUUGCCGUCUUCACGGAUGUGGUAACAGGGGCGGAUUCGUCCUCACUCGUGGAGGUCAGAGGUCAGUGUGUGGACCAUGCAGAAGAAAGAGACACGCCCAAGAUGUACUGCAGCGCAGAGGGGGAGUGGCUUGUGCCUAUUGGGCGAUGUGUGUGUAGUGCCGGGUUUGAGGAACAUAGAGAUAGCUGUAUUGCCUGUGAGGUGGGUUUCUACAAGCCAGUUGCGGGUAAUCAGCUGUGUGGGAAAUGUCCCCUCCACAGUCACUCCGAGACCAGAGCUGCUCUAACCUGCCCAUGUGAUACCAACUUCUACCGUUCUUCUACAGACCUUCCUGCUUCUCCCUGCACAAGACCUCCUUCAGCCCCAGUAAACGUCAUCUCAUCUGUGAAUGGCACCUCGGUCAGUCUGGAGUGGGGCUCACCUCUGGACACCGGGGGCCGCAGUGAUGUCAUCUAUGAUGUUCAGUGCCAGAAGUGUGACAAAUAUGGAACACAUUGUGAAGACUGUAGGGUCGGUGCUGUUGGGGGCAACGGGGCUGGGAACUUCAAUGGAGCUGUUGGAGACAAGACUCGACUUGUUGGCGAAACAGUUGGAGGAAUUAUGAAUGGGGUUUUGGUGGCCCGGACAAGAGUGGCUCCGGUACGGUUUAUCCCUCAACAGAUGGGACUUACGGAACCCUGGGUGACGGUCCUGAACCUUGCCGCUCAUGCCAACUACACCUUCCGUAUUGAGGCGCUGAACAGAGUCACACACCUGAGCAGUGAGCAACCAAAAUCUGUGAUGGUCAAUAUCACCACAAAUCAGGCAGCUCCAUCUCAAGUGACGGCUAUCCGACAAGAAAACGCCAGUCAGAACAGUAUUACUCUUUUCUGGCACGAACCAGCCCAGCCCAAUGGAGUUAUAUUGGAAUAUGAUAUCACAUAUUAUGAAAAGGACAAUGAGCAGCAAAGUUAUGCUACACUAAAGUCAAAGAAUACCAGUGCUAAAGUUUCAGGACUGAAGCCCGGCACAAGCUACAUCUUCCAGAUACGGGCGAGAACCUCUGCUGGCUGUGGCCGUUUCAGCCAGUCAGUGGAGAUACAAACCGGCAAAGCAACUCCCCUGCGAUAUACCAACAUGACAGUUAUCUGGAUCUGCAUGGUUUUGGUAUCAGGACUGGUGACAUUUCUGGCCUUUGUCAUCUGCAGAAAACGGCAAGAGGAGCGUUGUGGGUACAGCAAAGCUUUCCAGGACUCAGACGAGGAGAAAAUGCACUACCAAAAUGGCCAUGUAUCAUUUCCUGAAGCCAGAUUUUAUAUUGAUCCCCACACAUAUGAGGACCCCUGCCAGGCUGUCCACGAGUUUGCCAGAGAAAUUGAAGCUUCCAGGAUCAAAAUAGAGAAAAUCAUUGGUUCAGGAGAGUUUGGUGAAGUAUGCUAUGGGCGGAUGAAACUGCCAGGAAAACGUGAUACUCCGGUGGCUCUGAAGACUCUUAAAGCUGGAUACACAGAGAAACAGAGAAGAGAUUUCCUCAGCGAGGCCAGCAUCAUGGCGCAGUUUGACCACCCUAACGUUAUACACCUGGAAGGAGUUGUUACUCGCAGCAAACCGGUAAUGAUCAUCACAGAGUACAUGGAGAAUGGCUCACUGGACUCUUUCCUCAGGAAACAUGAUGGUCAGUUUACCAUUAUUCAGCUGGUCGGGAUUCUUCGUGGUAUAGCUGCCGGCAUGACUUACUUGGCCAAUCUGGGGUACAUCCACCGGGAUCUGGCUGCCAGGAACGUUCUGGUCAACAGUAAUCUAGUGUGCAAGAUUUCAGAUUUUGGUCUGUCACGUGUGCUAGAAGACGACCCUGAUGCAGCCUACACCACGAGUGGAGGAAAGAUCCCAAUCCGUUGGACGGCCCCUGAGGCUAUUGCCUAUCGGAAGUUCUCGUCUUCCAGUGAUGUGUGGAGUUAUGGAGUGGUGAUGUGGGAAGUGAUGUCAUAUGGAGAACGGCCAUAUUGGAACUUGACCAACAGAGAUGUAAUCAAGUCUGUAGAGGAGGGCUACAGACUCCCUGCACCCAUGGGCUGUCCCGGUGCCCUCCACACCCUCAUGCUGGACUGCUGGCAGAAAGACCGCAAUGAAAGACCCAAAUUCUGCCAGAUUGUCAUGGUCCUGGACAAGCUGAUCCGGAACCCAGAGAACCUCAAGACAAUGGACACAUUGUGCAGACUAAACAGCACUUUGAUGAACAGAAGUAUUCCUGAUUUCACCAGCUGCAGAUCGGUGGAUGAGUGGUUGGACACCAUUAAGAUGGGCCGUUAUAAGGACCGCUUUGCUGUAGGAGGGUACCUGACUCUAGGGCAUGUGAUGAGCAUGAAUCAACAAGACAUCCAGAGGUUGGGCGUUACUUUAAUGGGCCACCAGAAGAAGAUCAUGACCAGUGUUCAGGUGAUGAGGGCCCAGGUACUGAACCAGAGCGUGCCAUCAGUGCACAUAUAAUCAUGGACCUCUCUGCCUUAUCAGAAUACAAAAUACAUAUUGAUCUGAUGCGUGUUUGGGUCUUGUGUAUGAACUUCAAAAGACUACUUCCCCUUCCUAAAACAGAACCUGACAUGAACUACUACUGGGAUGAGAAUGAAUGCAACACAUCUUUUUUGCUUCAACAGGACAUUCUGAAAACAUCCCUUUUUCUCUUUACUUUCUUUUGUAUGUAUGACGGACUGCCUUAAACGACACAAAUAAUUUAAAUAUUGUUGUACAUGGAUGAAGAUUUUAUGAAUAACAGAGUCCUGAAUAUGUAAAAAGUGGACCUAAUGAAUAUUAAAAAGAUGGACAUGAAUAUGCAUAUUGUUAAAGUUUUGCCACACCCACCACAGCACCACAAUGGCAUGGAUGAAACUAUGAGUACAUCAAGUGCUGAUAUUCAAAGCCGAAUAUUACGAUGAAAACAAUGUCGUAUUGGAAUGAACCUGAAAGGUGAAGUGUGCAAUUUCUGCAUCACUAGUGAUACAAAACAGAAUUGCAAAAGUUAUUUGGAAAGCAUACCAUUAGUCGGAAAACAGGUUUAAGCCAAUGCUGUUGUGUUUAUACGAACAGCAAUAUUGUUAUAGUGCCACAGUGUUUACAUUUUUGCCGAAGUCAGCCUAUGAAUCGCUGACUUAUUUGUCUCUGCAUAUUAAACUGGGAUAGAAAUUACACACUUCAUCUUUAAGCAACAAGCACAUAAUCUAUGACAAACCAAGACACUUAAAGGGAUAGUUCACCCAAAAAUGAAAAUACUAUCAUCAUUUGCUCACCCUCAUGCCAUACCAGAUGUAUAUGAACUUCUUUCAUCUUUGUAGGUCCAUACAAUGCAAGUGAAUGGUGGCUAGAACUUUAAAGGUCCAAAAAGCAUAAAAGUAAUCCAUGCAACUCCAUGGGUUAAAUCCAUGUCCUCAGAAGCAAUAAGAUAAAUGUUGGUAAGAAACAGAUCGAUAUUUAAGUCCAUGUUUAAGUCCAUGUUAAACCUGCCCAAUAGGUGGCGAUAUUGGGCAAUGUGGAAGUGAAGCGUAAUGGAGAUUUAUGGAAAAAAGUACAUAAUAUUGAUCUGGUUUUUCCCCUUUCCUAUCAUAUCACUACUGAACCACUUCUCAAAUCUCUAUGGAUUUAACCACUGGAUUCGUAUGGAUUACUUUUAUGCUGCCUUUAUGUACUUUUUAGACCUUAAACGUUCUGGCCACCAUUCACUUGUAUUGUAUGGACCUACAGAGCUGAGAUAUUCUUCUAAAAACCUACAUUUGUGUUCAGCAAAAGAACAAAAGUUAUACACAUCUGGGUUGGCAGGAGGGUGCAUAUAUGAUGAGAGAAUUUUAAUUUUUGGGUGAUUAUCCUUUUGAAUGGAAAUCUCUGGGCUCUUGAUAAAAGCUGCAUAGCACACAAUAAUAUGGACAAACACUGAAUUCGUCUCCAUUUUGCCUCUGUGGUCGUAAAAAAGGGAAAAAAGGCAAUUAUGUGUGUCAUGUGUUUGAUUAAACACCCUGGAACUAAACCUGCUGUUAUUUAUUGCGUGCUGAACCGAGCUUCCCUGUGGAUCCCUCUGGAAAUGGGAGGAAUAAAUAUGUGUAAAUGCCGGUCUACUGAAAAUAACAGAAAGGCAUUCAUUCUGCUUGAGAUCUAUUUGAAGUAGAAUCUGUAUCUUUCUGUUAUAUCUUGAUUCAGAGAUGGCCAGUUUUAAAAUUGUGACCCUAAUUCUUACCCUAAGAAAAUCUAAUGUUUAGGGGUAAUAGAUUUUUUUAACUAACAAACAUCAGCUCCAGUAAUGAACCUACCUCACACUUAAAGCUGCAUUUAGUAACUUUUGUCUUUGUGUCAUCUUGGACUAAUUGACACCUAGUGGCUUGGAUGCAGCAUCAUUUAAAAUCAAUAGUUUUAAGUUUCAGAUGCCAUUGUAGAAAUGUAGUAUUCAAAGUCAGCCAUGAUUUCUUUAAUCAAUGAGUGAAAGUGUCAAAUAACAGGAGGGUUAAUGAGAUUAAGCGAGUAGUGUUCGGCUGGUCAUGUGAUUGUAACAUGGCAGCCCCCAUGUGUGGACCCUCUCCAUGCAAAAUAAUACAGAUUUUAUAAGGUUACUGAUAUGACUGGAGUAUUCAUUUUAAUGUGAGUGCUCAUGAUUUCCUACAUUCCGUAUAUUGAAAAAUUACAAUUCAUGUCUUUAGGAGUUAAACUUUUUUGAUGAGGAAAAAAGUGCAGAUUUAAUUAUAAAGUGGAACUUGACUUUAAAAUCAACAUGAUAUCAACCUUUUUUACUUUCUUAAUACUCAUUUUUGUUGUAUUGUGCACAAUGUUUAGUGCAUGCUAUUCCACAGAAAAUAAAAUAUCUUUGCAAUCUUUCAUCAAAAUUCAACUUGCUGUUGGAGCUGUGGCACAGAAGGUAGCACAUUCGCCCCUGACAUUUAUCAGAGCUGUUGACUCACAGGGACCCAAGUUCAAAAUGUGGUUUAGGUCAUGUUCCAACCCUAUUCCCGCUCUCUCUCCCUCUGUUUCCUGUCCAUCUAUACAACCCUGUAAAUAAAAGCUAAAAACACUGGGCCUCCUUUGAUAAGCACUGAAAACAGUGUAUGUCUGUUAAAUUCAUCUUAAAGAUAAUAAUUAAAUAAUUUAACUGUACAUGUUUUUGUAAUGGAGUUUCCAAUGAAUCAGACAUGUAAAUAUUAAUCAAAUAAAGUUUUUUUCUUUCUCUCUGUUCCAUUGGAAAGAGCAAUAACUUUCUGUAUGCACUCUGAAGUGCAAAUAAAA